CUAGGCGGAGAAAGGGUGAGCGAGAAGUAAGGCGGGGGACAACGCCGGCUCACGGUCCCCUCCGAGGACUGAGCCUCUAAGCGGAGAAUCGCCGUGAUUAGACGAUACAGCGUCAAGACGAGAAGAAAGACGGAGGCAGCCCAGACGACUGGUGGAGGGGUUAGACGAGAGAGGCCUUUCAGCCGGGACUCAGGGGUCGGAUGGGUGGGUGGUUAGGAAGGGAAGCCGGAAAUUGGGGACUACAACUCCCAGGAGGCCAAGCUUCACGGAAGCUUGGCCGUGAAGCCCGAUGGGACCGGUAGUUUUGCGAACGACUUAACCUAGCGAUUUGAGAGGUUGGAGUUCUGAGUCCUGGGGCGGCGAGAGCAAGGGCGAAAUGGAGCUGGAGCAGAGAGAAGGGACCAUGGGCUUUGAAGAGUUCUCAGCGCCGCCAGGCUCGGAGCUGGCGCUGCCUCCGCUGUUUGGUGGUCACAUCCUGGAGAGUGAGCUUGAGACAGAAGUGGAGUUUGUGUCUGGGGGUCUGGGCAACUCGAGCCUCCAGGAGCGAGAUGAAGAGGAAGAGGCAGCCCGGGGCCAGCAACGGCGCCAACGUGAACUCAACCGCAGGAAGUACCAGGCGCUAGGUCGGCGCUGCAGGGAGAUCGAGCAGGUAGGAGCUUCCCUGACAGCCCAGCUCAGUUCGCUGAUGCCUCACAGCUGCUUCUCUGCUCCCCACCGAUCACAGGUCAAAGCUCCAGCUCUUCAGGUGAACGAGCGGGUCCUGAACAGGCUCCAUCAGGUACAGAGGAUAACGCGGAGGCUUCAGCAGGAGCGGAGGUUCCUCAUGAGAGUGCUGGACUCCUACGGCGAUGACUACCGUGCCGGCCAGUUCACCAUCAUGCUGGAGGACGAGGGCAGCCAGGGCACAGAUGCCCCCACCCCAGGCAAUGCUGAGAAUGAGCCUCCAGAGAAAGAGGGGCUGUCUCCGCCCAGAAGGACACCAGCACCCCCAGAACCCAGCAGUCCGGCCCCUGGUGAGGGGCCCAGUGGGCGGAAGAGGCGGCGAGCGCCCCGGGAAGGACGUCGAACGGGAGUCCCACUGACUCCAGAACUGGCCCCUGUGCAGAUAAAGGUCGAGGAAGACUUCAGCUUUGAAGCAGAUGAGGGCCUGGACUCAAGCUGGGUUUCCCGGGGGCCAGACAAACUACUGCCCUACCCCACCCUAGCCAGUCCCCCCUUUGACUGAACCCCUCCCAAUACAGACUCCAUACUCUC